AUGAGUUCUGAGGAUCUGUCCGAGAUCCCCACGGUCAGGGAGGGGACCGAGAACCCGACGGUCAGCGAGGAGACCGAGAACCCGACGGUCAGCGAGGGGACCGAGAACCCGACGGUCAGCGAGGAGACCGAGAACCCGACGGUCAGCGAGGGGACCGAGAACCCGACGGUCAGCGAGGAGACCGAGAACCCGACGGUCAGCGAGGGGACCGAGAACCCGACGGUCAGCGAGGGGACCGAGAACCCGACGGUCAGCGAGGAGACCGAGAACCCGACGGUCAGCGAGGAGACCGAGAACCCGACGGUCAGCGAGGAGACCGAGAACCCGACGGUCAGCGAGGAGACCGAGAACCCGACGGUCAGCGAGGAGACCGAGAACCCGACGGUCAGCGAGGGGACCGAGAACCCGACGGUCAGCGAGGAGACCGAGAACCCGACGCGAGGAGACGAGAACCCGAUGGUCAGCGAGGAGACCGAGAACCCGACGGUCAGCGAGGAGACCGAGAACCCGAUGGUCAGCGAGGAGACCGAGAACCCGACGGUCAGCGAGGAGACCGAGAACCCUGGGGUCAGGGAGGAGACCGAGAACUCGACGUUCAGGGAGGAGACCGAGAAGAGACCAUGA